ACGUUUUAAGUCUUUUGUAUCAAAAAUGUAAAAAACACAAAAACAAAGUUCGUGCCUUAAGUCUUUAGUUUACUUCUCUCUUAUCAAUUUCCUUUAUAUGUUUGUGUCUUGUGCCCUUUGUUUACAUUUCUCUAUGUCUAAGUCUUUUGUUUACAUUUCUCUUCCUUAUGACCUUAAAUAGUUUGUGUCUUAAGUCUUUUGUAUCAAAAAUGUAAACAAUCAUUCUCUCUUUUCUCACACGAAUUCCAUUUUUCGCCUUAAAGGUAUUUGUCUUAAGUCUUUUAGUUAGAAAUGUAAACAAAAAAACCGUUACCAAAUACAAACAAUAAACUAAGUUCUCACUCUCUCUCUCUCUCGCUGUUUCAUAUGAAACAUGUUGUUUUUAAGUGUUUUCUUAAAAUAAACAUAAUUUAUUACAUCAAAAGAGAAUAUUACUUCCUUAUAUUGUUUACCAACAACUACAACAACAAUAACAACAACUACAACAACCAUAACUUAACAAUAUAAACAUUUAGCCGAUCAUUACUUAAAAAUAAUUUCCUUUUAUUUACUUCCUUCUUAACUAACCUUUUGUUUUUUUCCGUUCUUUUUUCAUUUUAGCACAUCCUGGUAAAUGUUUUGAUAAAUUUACCAAACGUGCCAUGUUGCCGAAUAAGGAAUAUAGACCCAAAGGCAUUUGUGCUGCCUUAACUUGUGAUAUGGAACAACAAAUUAUCAAUGUGGAAACCUGUCCCACCAUUGAAAUGCCCGGCUGUGAAGAAUUACCCGCCAAUCCCGCCUGGACCUUUCCCAAGUGUUGUCCACAAUUUAAGUGUACAGAUUUCAAAACUGGCAAGGAAUUUGUGGUCUCUGUGUAAAGCCAGCCUACUGCACACAUCAUUACACAUUAACAGCAUUAACCACUUCUCAUCAACAACAACAACAACAACCACCACAACUUCAUACAAAAAACUACGUGAUUUUUUAUUUAAAAUAACAAAAAUAUUAUAUUAAUAUCUCCCUAUAGUACUGUUGCCCACUUAAAAGGUACUAUAAGUUUGUAUAUAUGACCCCCCCUCCUCCCCCCCCCCCUCAAUUUAAUAUAAAUUGUUUGUAUGUUUUCUUUGUUUUGCCUGUUAAAAUCAUUACAUCUUCUUUUCUUAACCUUUACUCUGCCCUAUUUUAAAUUAUUUAUUAAACUUUAUAUAUUUCUGUGUCAUAACUUUUAUUUUUAACAUUUUAUUUCAUUUAAAUUUUUACAAAAAUUGUAUAUACUUUUAUUCUUUUUUUUAUAAUUUAGUCAUCCAUUUUUUUAUUAUUUUUCUCAUGAGUGCCUGUGUUUAAAUUGUAUGUUUGUUAAUUCUUUUUAAAAAAAACUUAAUUUUUAAAAUUAAAAAAACAAUUGUAUUAAUUUUUAAUUUAUUUAACAUAAAAAAACCUGAAUUGAUGAUCUUAUUGUGUGCGUUUUUAGCAUACUUUAUUAAUUUUGUAAAAUAUAAUCUAUUUAGUUUAUAAGUUUUUAUUUGCUAUAAGAAAACAUUAUUAAUAAACUGAAAAAAUAAGAAAUUUUUUAAAAAUUAUAUAAA